CUUAAGGAUUUUAUUUCUGAGAAUCUGGCUUCAGAAAGGAUUCAAUAUUUAAAGUCCCUCAUAGUAUUGCCUUUCUUCUUUAUUAAGAAGGAGGAUGGAUCUUUGAGACUAAUCCAAGAUUACAGAAAGCUCAAUAAAGGUACUAUUAAGAACAAGUACCCUCUACCUUUAAUUCAAGAGCUUCUAGAUAAGGUCAAAGAUUCUAAGUACUUUACCAAGCUUAAUAAGGCAGCUUUCAGGACGAAUCUAGGAUUGUUUGAGCUUACAGUCAUGUUCUUUAGUCUCACAAAUGCCCCUGCUACAUUCCAGGGCUUUGUAAACAAUAUCUUUAGUGAAUUAAUUAAUGAGGGAUCAGUUGUUGUCUAUCUAGACAAUAUCCUUAUCUAUUCUAAAGAUAUUGAAGAGUAUAAAUGCUUAAUCCAGAAUGCUCAGAAGGAAUUAUUAGACAAAGGAGAGAAGUACCCAGCUAUAAAGUGUUCUUUUAUACAGGAGUCAGUAGAUUAUCUGGGCUUCAUAAUUGGUAGAGGAGAGGUCUGUAUGGAUCUGACAAAGGUAACUAUAGUUCAGAACUGGCUA